AGUGAACAUACAUAGUUAUUUCUAAGCGAAACUGCCCUAAGAUAACUAGAUACGUCCCCGGAUCCCGAGCCCCCGGAGGGCGGCGGAUGCGGCAGGCAGCCUAUUUACAUAUUUACUUGGCCAAUGGAUGGCCCAUCUAACCAAGUCGUCGUUAGUAGCACCGAAACAGAUCCCAAAUCAUGGCAUACGAAGAUCCAGAAACCUGGCUGCAGCUGGGCGAAAUCGAUCCCGAGCUGUCGGAGCUGAUCGCCAACGGUAUCGGCCCUCGCUUCGACAAAGACUAUCGGGUGGAGAGCAUCGCACCAACCCGCUUACAAUGGGAUCCUCUUUACAAGGAGGCUGCCAGGAAGGCUCUACUGAGCCCUACAAUCACAAAUGUCACACACUCCACGAUCGAGAUCCCGCUGCGGGAUGGGACGACGGCGAGGACCCUGGUAUAUCAGCCCAAGCAGCAGCCCCCGGGUGCUCGUCGUCCCUUGGUCGUUCUCUUCCACGGCGGCGGCUUUUGCUUUGGGUGUCCUGAGAUGGAGGCCCGGAACUGUAUCGAGGCCGUCCAGCAGUACGGCGCUGUGGCACUGAGUGUCGAGUAUCGUCUGGCUCCGGAACAUAAGUUUCCCACAGCGGUCGAGGACUCGUGGGAUGCGCUGAAAUGGAUUUCCUCAAACACGGAGAGCUUGAAUGCCGACGCCAGCGCCGGAUUCAUCGUUGGCGGCACCUCCGCCGGGGGGAACAUCGCGGCCAUCUUAUCGCAUCUCGCGCGCGACGAGAAGCUCCCGCACGCGAUCACGAUCACGGGCCUCUGGCUUAAUAUCCCCCUCCUCCUGAACCCAGAGGUUGUUCCCGAGCAAUACCGACCGAUGUACCUCAGCCGCGAACAGAACCGGAAUGCGCCAAUUCUCCCCGAAGCCGCCAUGCGCAUGUACGGCGAGGCAUACCAGCCCGAUCUGGCAUCGCAUCUGUGGUCUCCAUUCAACUGGCCCACCGGACACCAGGGUCUUCCGCGAACCUACUUCCAGAUCUGUGGGAUGGAUGUCCUCCGCGACGAAGCGUUAAUCUAUGAACGGGUGCUGCGCAGCGAGUGUGGAGUGCCCACGCGGGUGGAUUUGUAUGCGGGGCUGCCGCAUGUGUUUUAUGCCAACUUUCCGCAGCACCGACGGAGUGGGUUAUACUUGAACGAUACGAUGCGUGGGUUUGGGUGGCUUUUGGAAGCUCUUUAGAAACCCCCAAUAGAUUAGGUUAGGGUUAGGGUUAGGUUAGGGUUAGG